CGUUACCCGGCGCGCCUUUGGCGUCAUGCGGAAGAUGGCGGCGUCCAGGGGAGUUUGAGGGCUCUGGGGAGGCAGUGAGAGUUUUCCGUACAGUCGGAGUGGGCAGUUUGGGGAUUCCUUUGCUCUGUGUUUCCUGCUCUAAGAUUUCGCACCGGUGGUCUUCCCACCCCUUGAAACGCAAUGUGGAGAAGCUACCUCCGCCUGCGGGACGGCGGACGCCGUCUCCUGAAUCGGCCCCCCGGUGGCCCCACGGUCUUCGUGGGGCUGGGGUCAAACACCCCAUCCCCAUCCCGGGCCUACGCUCCCCCGGCAGAAAGGAAGAGGUUUUAUCAGAAUGUCAGCAUCACACAGGGUGAAGGUGGCUUUGAGAUAAACCUGGACCACAGGAAGCUGAAAACUCCUCAAGCCAAGCUCUUUACUGUCCCCAGCGAGGCCCUGGCCAUUGCAGUGGCCACUGAAUGGGACUCCCAGCAGGAUACCAUCAAAUUCUACACCAUGCACCUGACUACAUUGUGCAACACAUCUUUGGACAACCCAACCCAGCGAAACAAGGACCAGCUGAUCCGAGCAGCUGUAAAGUUUCUGGACACCGAUACCAUCUGCUACAGGGUGGAAGAACCACAGACGUUAGUGGAACUUCAAAAGAAUGAGUGGGACCCAAUCAUAGAAUGGGCCGAGAAGAGAUAUGGUAUAGAGAUUGGCUCUUCUACCAGUAUAAUGGGGCCCAGCAUCCCAGCCAGGACUCAGGAGGUGCUCGUCAGCCACCUGGCAUCUUACAACAUGUGGGCCCUACAAGGGAUUGAGUUUGUAGUGACCCAGCUCAAGUCCAUGGUGCUAACUUUGGGCCUGAUUGACCUACACCUGACAGUGGAGCAGGCUGUGCUGCUAUCACGCCUGGAAGAGGAAUACCAGAUCCAAAAGUGGGGCAAUGUUGAGUGGGCUCAUGACUAUGAGCUACAGGAGCUGCGGGCGCGUACAGCCGCAGGUGCCCUCUUUGUCCACCUCUGCUCCGAGAGCACCACGGUCAAGCACAAGCUCUUACAGGAGUGAGGCCUGAGUAGUACGCACUGCAAACCUGGCAGGACAGCAUCUGCACAACCACGGGCUCUACCAGCCUGCAGGACACCUUGGCUCAGCCUCUACGUGGCGUCACCCUGAGAUGCCUGAGAUAUAGCGUGACUUUCUGGAGGUCAGCUUAAAUCCAACCUAGAUGCCUCUGCCCCAGCCAGCAUUGAGCAAGGACAUAAGUUAUACGAGUGACUGUCUUGACUCUGAUUUUAUUAAAUAUUUCUCCACUCUGGAAA